UUAUUAUUUUAUCUUGGCGAUGCGCAGCAAGAGAAACAUUCCCUCCACUACAAGUUUACAGCUCUUUCCAAAGCAGACACUUUCCCAGAGUUCAGUGCUGGAGCUGUUGCUGAUGGCAGACAGAUCAAACACUACAGUAAUGAAGAAAGAGUCUGGAUUCUGACUGAAGAUGACUGGACUGAAGCUCCUGAAGAACCACCUGAUUCUAGAGACAGGUUCCUACAUCAGUUAAACACUCUGUCAAAAUGCACAGACUCUCAGUGUUCUCAGCUCCAUGUUCUUCAGAGAAUGAUUGGUUGUGAACUGGAGAAACUUCCUGAUGGAACAGUGAGUCUGAGAGCAUUUGAUGAAUAUGGAUUUGAUGGAGAGGAUUUUAUGGUCUUUGAUUCUGAAACUCUGCAGUGGAUUGAUAAAAACCCCAAAGCUAAAGAAACCAAAAUGCAUUGGGACCUUCAAACAGUGCGCAAUGAACUCCUGCAUCAUUACCUCAAGACCUGCAUGAACUGGAUCUCCACCUUUAAUAACACACAAAAGAAUUCACCGGAUGUUCGUGUGUUUGCGAGGAGAACUCCUGAUGAUCGCAGUAAGCUGGUUCUGAGCUGUCUGGCCACUGGUUUCUACCCCCGAGAUAUUGAGAUGAACAUCAGACUGAACAGAAUUAACAUUGAGAGCCAAACAUCUUCUGGAAUCAGAUCAAAUGAUGAUGAAACCUUUCAGAUCAGAUCCAGUGUGGAGAUCGACAGAAAAGACAAAGGAUCUUAUGACUGUUUGGUCAUUCACAGCAGCCGGACAGAACCAGUGUCAGUAGAAUGGGAUGGAACAUGUUUUGACUGUGAAACAGAAUUUCUAUGGUUUGUUAUAGCAGGAGCAGCAGUUCUAGUUCUAGUUCUAGUUCUCGCUGUGAUUUGUUACUGCAUCUACAAAAGGAAAAAGUCAAAUGACUACACAUACGGUCGUGAUGAUGGUGGAGAGAGGAACAAUUUAAAUUCUGAAGGCAAAUGAACGUUUGGGAGAUAUGAAAUGACAUUAAAUGAACCAUCUCAGGAUUUAUAAAAAAGAAAUGCAAAGGACUGGUUUCAAACAGGUUUCCUUCUCUUUUGGAUAGACAUAAAUAUCAUCAGUUGAGUCAAAUGUUGACUCAAAUAGCUCAGUCUUGCACUGUUACACUAUUAAGGAGGUCAAAAUUCCAUUGAAGAAUUUUAUGGCCAAUAUGUGGCCACUUAUAGCCUAGCAUUUUUUAAUCUCAUUUAAUUUAAUCUCAUCUUAAUCUCACGCAGAUUUUUUUUUUUUAAUCUAAAAUGUUUAUUCUGACUUUAAAUGUAAAAUGUUUAUUUUGAUUAGAAUUUACACAUAGGUGUAUACUGCAGGUGCAAAUCUCUUUUGAGAUGAAUCUACACAUAUGUGUAUAGAUGCAAAUCCUUUUUGAUCUACUACAAAACUGAUGUAAUGUACAAUACUAAAAUGUGUUGUGAAGUGAAGUGACGUGUGGCCAAUACUCUGAAUUUCUGCUCUGCAUUUAACCCAUCCAAG